AUGUCUUCCUGUCUGUCUGUCCCUCUCUUGACAUCUGUACCUGUACAUAACUAUCUAUUAGAAAAAGUAUUUUGCUAUCUCUCUCUCUAUUUCUGCCUGUACAUAUCUCUCUCUCUAUUUCUGCCUGUACAUAUCUCUCUCUCUAUUUCUGCCUGUACAUAUCUCUCUCUCUAUUUCUGCCUGUACAUAUCUCUCUCUCUUUCUGCCUGUACAUAUCUAUCUCUCUCUCUGCCUGUACAUAUCUAUCUCUCUCUCUGCCUGUACAUAUCUAUCUCUCUCUCUCCCUGUACAUAUCUAUCUCUCUCUCUUUCUCCCUGUACAUAUCUAUCUCUCUUUCUCCCUAUCUGCCUUGACUACGAAAUCGACACUGUGUCAUUGUCAUUGAUUUAUUGGUCACUCGUGUGCGUGUGUGAGAGUUUUCUUUCUUGUUUUAAAAAAGAAGAAAAGAAAAAUAUGCCUGUGGUCACACCAAGGGUUAUCAGUGAAACUGUUUCUUAUAAUAUUUCGCAGGAAGAAGAAAUUAUCAAGAAUGGUGAAACUGUUUCCAUAAGCCGGGAAAAUGCAGUCUUUACAGCUUCAUUUCUCUUUCGUUUCCUUUCUCUUCUUUCUUUCUUUGUAUUUCUUUCUUGCUCCUCUCUCUCACACUUUCCCUUUCUUUUAUCUCUCUCCUUUUUCUUCUUUCCUCUCUCUUUCCUCUUCUUUCUUUCUUUCCUCUCUCUUUCCUCUUCUUUCUUUCUUUCCUCUCUCUUUCCUCUUCUUUCUUUCCUCUCUCUUUCCUCUUCUUUCUUUCCUCUCUCUUUCCUCUUCUUUCUUUCCUCUCUUUCCUCUUCUUUCUUUCCUCUCUCUUUCCUCUUCUUUCUUUCCUCUCUCUUUCCUCUUCUUUCUUUCCUCUCUCUUUCCUCUCUCUUUCCUCUCUUUCCUCUUCUUUCUUUCCUCUCUUUCCUCUUCUUUCUUUCCUCUUCUUUCUUUCCUCUCUUUCCUCUUCUUUCUUUCCUCUCUCUUUCCUCUUCUUUCUUUCCUCUCUCUUUCCUCUUCUUUCUUUCCUCUCUCUUUCCUCUUCUUUCUUUCCUCUCUCUUUCCUCUUCUUUCUUUCCUCUCUCUUUCCUCUUCUUUCUUUCCUCUCUCUUUCCUCUUCUUUCUUUCCUCUCUCUUUCCUCUUCUUUCUUUCCUCUCUCUCUCUUUCCUCUUCUUUCCUCUCUCUCUCUUUCCUCUUCUUUCCUCUCUCUCUCUUUCCUCUCUCUCUUUCCUCUCUCUCUCUUUCCUCUCUCUCUCUUUCCUCUUCUCUCUCUUUCCUCUUCUCUCUCUUUCCUCUUCUCUCUCUUUCCUCUCUCUUUCUCUUUCCUCUCUCUUUCUCUUUCCUCUCUCUUUCUCUUUCCUCUCUCUUUCUCUUUCCUCUCUCUUUCUCUUUCCUCUCUCUUUCUCUUUCCUCUCUCUUUCUCUUUCCUCUCUCUUUCUCUUUCCUCUCUCUUCUUUCCUGUCUCCUCUUUCUCUUUCCUUCGUCUCUUUCUGGUGUCAUUGUAG